AUGCAGUUUUUCAUCACUUUGAUCACCUUCGCCAGCCUCGGUCUGAAUAUCCUACAUGGUCAGGCCGCGUCGAUUCCUGUGGUUGGCUUAGCUCGCCGCGACGAGUCCAUCAGCCAUGCCUAUCGCUCUGUCACCAACGAGAAGCGUCAGCAUGAGUAUGGAAUUAACACGGAUGAGGUCGCCAACGAGAAGCGCCAGCAUGAGUAUGGCGUUGAUGCAGACGAGCUCGCCAAUGAGAAGCGCCAGCACGAGUAUGGCAUUAACACUGACGAGGCUGCCAACGAAAAGCGCCAGCAUGAGUACGGCAUCGAUGCAGACGAGGUCCCCAACGAGAAGCGCCAGCACGAAUAUGGCAUUAACACAGACGAGGCUGCCAACGAGAAGCGCCAGCAUGAGUAUGGUGUUGAUGCGGACGAGGUUCCCAACGAGAAGCGCCAGCACGAAUAUGGAAUUAACACAGACGAGGCUGCCAACGAGAAGCGCCAGCACGAGUAUGGUGUUGAUGCGGAUGAGGUCUCCAAUGAGAAGCGCCAGCACGAGUAUGGUAUUAAUACGGACGAAGUCGCCAACGAGAAGCGCCAGCACGAGUAUGGCGUUGAUGCGGACGAGACCGCAUGA